AUGCAGACACAGGUCUCACCUCCUCCUCCUCCUUCUCCUCCUUCUCCUUCUCCUCCUCCUCCUCCUCCUCCUCCUCCUCCUCCUCCUCCUCCUCCUCCUCCUCCUCCUCCUCCUCCUCCUCCUCCUCCUCCUCCUCCUCCUCCUCCUCCUCCUCCUCCUCCUCCUCCUUCUCCUCCUCCUCCUCUUCCUCUGCUGCUGCUGCAGCUGCUGUUACACCUGAUGCUCUGCGGAUUUUCUGAAAGCACCAUGAGCUCUGGGUUUGUCUUCACCGUGUGGAGCUUCGCUGCAGUACUCCUCACCAGUGCCACAGUCUCCGCUAAGCCCGGGGUUGUCGGGGUGGCCAGCCGCACAGACUCAUGGUUCUUGGGAUGUGUGUCCAGCUGCACCGCUCUGGAGCCGCUCACUGGAGACCGGGACCCGGUGCUUUGCUCUGCUCGCUCCCACAGGGAAGGGUGA